AUGGAGUCGCUUCUUAAAAACCUCAAAAAGCAUGUAACAUGUUCGAUUUGUUUGGAUACUUACACCAAACCCAAGACCAUUGCUUGUCUUCAUACGUUCUGCUGUGAAUGCCUGGAGAGACAUGCACUAACGAGACAAAAACAAGGGUUUUAUCGAUGCCCCGAGUGUCAGGCACAAAUUCGCAUCCCUGAAGGAAAGCGUUUUGAUAAUCUACCGAGCAGUUUUCUGCACAACAGUUUGUUGAGUCUUCUCGCCGUUCGACGCAGCGGCGAGGGAAAUGAAAUCAGCUGUAGUACAUGCCAGAAGAAGAGCGCUGAGAUCAACUACUGCUUUGAUUGUGAGAAGUUUAUGUGCCCAGACUGUGUGAAAGCACACGAAGUGUUUCGAGAAACUUUGUUUCAAGGACACAAAGUCACACCAGUGCGACAGUUUCAAGCUACAGACUACGAGGCGUUGUUGAAACGGCAGUCGUUUUGCUCCGUUAAGUAUCACGAGAAAGAAGUGACAAAGUUUUUCUGUGUGGGCUGUCAAAGCUGCGUGUGUCAGGUUUGCAUCGCCACUGAUCACAAGAGCCACGAUGUUGUUCCGCUUGAAAAGGCAGCGGACGAUGAAAAAGCAAACAUCAUUGCCAGAGCAAAGCUGGUCAAAGAGAUGAAGGAGGUCUGCCGAGGCGUUAUUCGUGAAUUUGAGAACACGGAACAUGAGUUGGAAACGAACAUUACCACAGCUAAACGCCAAGUUUCCCAGGCAACCGAACAGAUGAUGGGAAAGCUUCGCCAACUAGAACAUGAAGCCAUUACUGCCCUAGAGAAGAGUCGCGUGUCAAGGAUUGAGAAAUUACAGUCUGGAAAGGCAUCGGUUGUCUCUUUGGAAAAGCAACUUGACCAAGCAUUUGAGUUCAGUAACAACCUGGUUGAAAGUAGCUCAAGUUCAGACAUAAUGCAAAACAAGAAAAAUGUAGAAGAACGAAUCAACGACCUCAUCGAGACCACAAUGCCAGUACUUCCGGUUAGCUCGUGGGUGGAGUUUGUGUCGACAUGUGAAACAGAGAGUUUGAGUCUGGGAUUUACGAAAUUCAGCAAAACAGAUGUGCAAGGAUCGACCGUGGAAGGACUGGAUCAGAAUUUUCAAGCUGGUGUAGAGGCAGAGCUACUGAUUUGUCCCAAAUCAAGCGAAGGAGAAAUCAGAAACACUCAGCACACAGAUCGUGUUGAAAUACACAUAGACCCUGCGGAUCAGGUGAGGAGUUUGGCGACGAGUGAAAGAGAAGAUGGAAAUUUCCAAGCAAAAUUUGUAGCGAAAGUAGCAGGUACUUAUCAAAUAGAAUUAAAGAUAAAUGAACAGAAACUUGCCAAGAGUCCAUUUUGUAUUCUGGUCAAAGCACGAGAGUUAAAUGUUGUAGGCAAGUUGGACUUACAUGGAGAAAUGCUCCGAGGUCCAGCCGGCAUUGCAGUGAACAGUAAAGGUGUUAUUGCUGUGGCUGAUCGUGAAGGUCAUUGUAUCCUGGUAUUUGAUAAGACAGGAAAGUUUGUGCGAAAAAUUGGUUCUUAUGGAAAUGAGAAUGGACAAUUAGAGAAUCCAGUCGACGUCACGUUCGUAAACGAUGACGAGAUUCUGGUGGCCGAUCAAUUAAAUCACCGAAUACAGCAGUUGAAUGUACAGACAGGGAACUUUGUGAAAAGCUUUGGAAAACAGGGAAUUGGAGAUGGAGAGUUUAAGAUGCCUACAAGUGUUUGUAUUACAAGUGAUGGACGUUUUAUCGUUGCAACGGAUUUUUAUAAUAGCAGAAUUCAGGUGUUUACAAUGGAUGGUGAACCUGUGUUUAAGUUUGGAGACAGCGGUCCAGAAAGGCUGGAUCAUCCCGUCGGCUGCUUUUGUUACGAGGAAAAGUUCUUUGUAGCUGACAUGAAUAAUAACUGUGUGAAAGUGUUUGAUGAGAGAGGACAGUUUUUGUACAAGUUUGGAGAAAAAGGAAACGGUGAUGGACGAUUAAAUCUGCCGUAUGACUUAGGUGUUGACAAACAUAACAAUGUUUUCUUAUGUGAGAGGGGGAAUAAUCGAAUUCAACAGUUUACAUUGGAAGGAACUUUCACUGGAAAGGCAAGUACUAAUAUUCAAUUUGGAUGGCCGUGGAAUGUCACCCCAAUGCUAGAUGAUCGGAUUUUGGUCACAGACUUCGGAGAGAAAGAAGUUUACAUUCUGAAAUGAAUACCCUUUUUUGAAAGUAACAAUCAAUUCUUCGUAAGCCACGUGUCACAAGAGAACUUGAAAGAAAAUGGCUAGAAUCAGCAACUUGCCUUCUAAUUUUUCUAGGACAGUUCAAAGAAUUGAUGAUUCAUCACUUCAGAAAUGUGAUUGUGUGAGCUUUUAUUAAGUUAUAGUAAUAGGACUGAGUGGAGUCCAAUUCGGUCUAUAAUCAUACGAGUGAUUGACAAAAUCGGACGACUACGAACGGGGAGUCCCAUUUGUCAAUCACUAGUUUACGAAAGAAACUAGACAUCGGUUAUACGUUUUCAUGAAAAGACAACGGUUCAGUCGCCGAAAUGCGCGACAACAGCGCUUGCAUAUGACGCGCAUUGUCCAUUAACACAGGCAUGACAUAUCAUCUGUUCUAUUCAAUUGUCCAGUUACAAGCAUGACAUCUGCACUGUCCAAUUGGUGCUCAAAUCGAGCUGGUGAUAACCAAUCACAUGCAGGAAUUUUGUUAUAGUUUUGACAGACCACAAAAUCGAUUUCAAACGAGAUUAAGCUUUGUAACCGCUUAAAGAUUUAGGAGUAUUAUUAAGGCAAAAAAAAAACAUUUCUGCGAAAUAAAUGUACAGUGGCAUUGAUUAAUUUAAAUUGCUGAUGAUAAAUUUUACUUAUCAACUUUACAUUUUUCCAGCAAGUAGUAGACUUUUCCGUGAGCAUAUUUUGGUAGAGUUUUGGUUAAGUUAAAUAAUAGUAAUUCUCUCAUCAAAUGAAGCAUACCUUUGUAUCAAAGUUUUAAAUUAACACAUUGACAGCAGCUUGCAUGAUUAAGCUGUAAACAAUUCAACAAUUUCGUAGUGCUUCGUUACUUUUGGAGGAACAACAUUUAAAAUGUUAUUAGAAACCGUCUAAAGACUGAGGAGUGUUUUGAAUGCAUCAAGUUUGCAUUUCUAUUUAGGUAUUUUAUGCAUGCAGGAGUUUUCAUUAAUAAGCUCCUUUAAGUAUUAUGAAAGUGUCGAUUGAUUGAAUGAAUUACAGAUAUUACAGGAUAUUUUCCACUGUAUUCAUGAACUGUUCGACAGCGCUUAUCCUUUAAGUUUCUAUAGCAUUGACUAUUGAUAAAACAAAUAUCUUAUUGAAAGCAUUGUGAAUAAAUGUACUCGUUUGAUUUUCAAACGUGUGUUACUGUGCAACAAGAAUGGCUGCACGAGUAAUAGAUUAAUCAUCUUUUUACUGUACUAAAAACUCUUCUUUGGAUGAAGUAGGGUAUUUAGGAUUAUUUUUGACUUUGGAAGAUUGCAUCAGAAAGCUGAGAUGUAAAGUUCCCAAGAACCCCUUCUGCCUUACUUGGUUCAGUUUAAGAGCCAAGUUAACCAAGAUGUUGUCUUGCACAUUUUGAUUGUUCAGAGACAGAGAAAAUUAGAUGAAGUUACAGGGAGGAAUGGGGAGGCUGAUGGUUUGGGAGGCAUUCCAGCUUCACAGCUUCCCCUCACCACACCCCUAGAAAGAAGAGAUACUCCUCUACAACUGAGCAUGACACUGGAGUAAAUCGUGGGCCAACUGGAUGUGCUUACACAGUCUUUUGUUGUGGAAACAUUUCUGAACAGGGAAUUAUUUUAGAAACCAAGAACCUUGGGGGUGGGAACGGGGGAUACACUACUGUUAAUGACCUCAUCACGCUGUUAUUCAUUGGGAAAAUACCAGGAGUUGAAGGGGUACCCAUGUCAGGGAGAAAAGAGCGAAAAGGUGUGGCCUGAUGAAAAGUUUACACCUAUCAGCCAUCAAUCAAUAUCCAUUUUAAAACACCCUUCCUUAAACAAGACACAAGACAGAAACGGGGAGCACGGCUUUCGUGCACUCAAUUUUAGUUAGUUCCUUUUUAUCAGUAUUUAAGAGGCAUAGAUUCAUUUAGCCUGAAUGAGGCGCGUUGGGGGGGGGGAAGAUGGUGGAGGAAACACUACAGUUGUUCUUUCUCUCUUCCCCCUCCCCUUAGAAAAAGGAAUACCUGAUCGCAAGGUGGGGUUCAUUUCUGAAACAGCAAUUAGCUGUCAAGUCCAUGGCUCCCGUCGGGAAAAAGGUUAUGAACAGUCUUAUAUGAGUUUUUUGUUGUACAGAGACGAGUCAAAGAUUUCGUGCAACAUGGAGAUGUAUUAGCUUACGCUUAAACUCAAUGAUAUUUGACUUUUUUACGACAUUUUUGGUGUUGGGGAGAGAUUUUCAUAUUCAUUGAGCCACUUUUUGUUGCAGAGGGUUUCAAUUUUGGAACAUAGGCUUACAAGGACUGAGAAUAAACUACGAGAAUGCCUGGAUAACCAACAGAAAAUAACUCUACAGAUCAGGCCUAACGAGUAGUGCAAUACAGCAUCAGUAUCUAGAGACCUAAUCAUUAGUCAUGUUCAGAAUUCUUUUAAGACUAGUCUUUGUAUGGUAAUAUUGUAAACUGUAAAAGAAAUUUUUAAUUAAGUGUCGAAAGUAGUCAUGAAUAUAGUCGUAGGCAUUGAUUUAGCUUGACUGUAGUCUGUCAUCGGUUUAGAGAGCCUAUGCCUCCCUCUUGACCAAUCAGGUACGAGCCUUAUCAUGAUCGAGUGUUGGAGUUGGGCCAUUCGUAUAUUUCCAGCGCUCUAGGCUCUUUUCAGUUUUUUUUCUUUGAGUUAUCUCGGGCAUUUUGUCAUAUUUCUUCUGUUAGAGCAGUUUUCAACUAAGUAUCUAAAGUGAUGCUGGAUUGCUUUGGUUUUGCUUUACUUUGUUGUGUGAUUGGUCCAGAAAACUCACGUCACAAUCUCAACCAAUCAAAUGUAAAUCUAAACCUUUUGUUCUGAUUGGUAGUUGUUACUACUUAGGUUUUGGUUUUUGGAUACUCAAUUUAAAAAAGCUUGAUGAUUGGCAGUAGUGAUCACUUUGGAUUUGGUUGUAGGACACUCAGCUGAAAUGUACUUUUGAAGAAUACAGAGGUUUAUAUCGCUAUGUACAAAUCAUAAGUUACUAAGGCAACAUCAGAACUACAAUUAGAUUGAUAAACUAUUUAUACCGACCUUUACUGUAUGUUUUGAAUGAGAACUUGUUUUACAUUUAGUUAGAAGUUGAAAUAGCGUUUCUGUGAGCUGACCAAUGUGCCAGUGUUUUCUGCAUUUGAUGUUUUUGUGCGUUUUAAAAUUGCUUUUGGUUUAAAUACGUAUUCAGUAACCAUAGAUCUGGACUAAACAGAACAUUAUUUGUCCGUUGUUGAACACAAGUUUAUAAUAUCUCAUACGAGUGACAGAUAUUGUCGGCACUUGAGGAUAAAUUGGUAUUAACCCACGGCCAAGUAAUGCCCUCUCAGGGUUGUCAAAAAGGUUUUGAGUAACUGGACUAUGAUACAAAGAAGGCAGCACUAAAAAGUUUUAUUUCCAUCAUUUUCAUGCUUCCAUGCUUGUUUCCGGCUUAAUGUAACAAACCUGCCUUCUGUGUAGAGAGGGCUUAUCUAGAAUUGCUACGCAUUAGGUUUUACUUCAAACUGUCAAAAUGUCGAACAACGACAGCAUUAGGGGACAAUGUCUCCUAUUUGGUGCAUACACUGUAGAAACAGACUGGGUUCUGAAACGCAGAAGGAUUCUGAAUGAGGUGGGUUCCCUUAGGGAAGGAGCAAGCGAUGGGAGCCUGAAUCACCAAGUGAAGUACUGAAGUAUGGGUACAUGAGAGAGAGAGAGAGAGAGAGAGAGAGAGAGAGAGAGAGAGAGAGAGAGAGAGAGAGAGAGAGAGAGAAAGUUGUAGGGCCAUCUUGUUUCUUGAUAGUACCGGUAACUCAACGGACCCCAAACCCUAUUUUAUAGUUAAUAUUUGAAGAAUAGAGAAGCUGGUUCGGAUACCCUAACUGGUUCAUUUUUAAUAUUUUGCUGAUAGUUUAAUUGUGUUAUUUUCAAAAUUGUUUAAAGCCUAUCUUGAUUGUAAACAGAACUGCUUUACAGGCCUUUUAAGUUACCAGGCCUUUCAAGAAAAAGGCCCCCACUUAUUACACUUCUUAAACUUGUCAUUUAGACUAGCAAACCCAUUUUGUAGUACUUAUUCCAACAAUCAAGUACCGAACUGCAACAAACGAGACCAAGAUUUUAUGAAACUUCCAACUGGAUACUUAUAAACCUGUCAAUCUUGUAAUAUUUUUUUAACUUUUAGUUCACCCAGAAGUGGUGGAGGUCGCGCAGGUCAUGUUUUAUUCCCCUCCCUCACUGAUAUUUUUAGUAUAACUUUACCGACAAUGAGGAACUGCCCGUAGUCUAGUGUUGUUUAUCGCUAAAUAAAAUGCUGUAGUUUGGUUUGAAAUGUUCAUACAGGUUUGAACUAGUUCAAGUUCCCUAAACACAAAUAACACGUUGACUGAACGCAAAUCAACUUGAUAUUCGUUACGUUUCGUUAACCUUUUUCGUCACGAGACAAAAUCAUUUACCAGAUUUUAGCUGUUUAGAAUAUCAAUCGAUGUAUUCUAAUAGCUCUGUCUUCCUAUCUUUUCCUUUUAAAAUGGUUCAAAUCGAAGAUUUAUGAAGCUACCAAUAUAGAACGGUCGGAGUUUGCUCAAAAGACUAAAUUGCAUAAUCUAUUGUCACACCAGCAAAAUCAUAAAAAGUUUGAAGUCAUUACGAAGAAGGAAAUUAGGAAGGAAAGUGCAAUAUGCUUUUAUAUUUCUAUGCUUUGGAACAUCUUAUUAGAAGAAAUAAGCCGGAGUCUUUAAUGAUCUGGUCAAGACUUGAGAUGUCGGAAAUGAGACUUAAGAGUCGGCUAUGUUCUGAAACUUCACGUUUUAUCUUAUAAACUCAACUUGAUCUCCCUCUCUGUCACACUGUCAUUAGUCUCACGCUCUGGUCCAUCUCAUUUUAAAUAUAUAAUAUGAUCCUAUUGUUAUACCAUCUGUCACUUAACGCAAAACAUCAACCGGAAAUCAAUUAACGCUGAAUAAUUUCUGACAGAGAAAUAUCACCUAAGAAAGAAACAGUACUUUUGACCAAUUUCAGAAAGCAGAAGGGCCUUCUGCAGCAUUGCUUAUUGAGAGCUCUAAAUUAUUUUUCAACGUAUUUCCAGAAACCAACAAGGUUUUAUUUACUUACUACAAAAGAUAAUAAAAUGGGAAAAGUUUGAGGCGAAACUUUUUUCCGAUGCAAAAUGCCUUGGACCGCUCUCACAGAGAUCGCCACCUAUUGAAAAUAGUGCUGCAGAGAAGAAUCGCAGCUGAGCGUUUUCUUUUCCUCUUUAACUUUCAACUAAAUUUACUUGACACAACUAUGCACCUACCCCUCCCCUAAUACAACAUUAACCCUAAGUUGUUAUUAGUUGACUGUUUUUGGGUUAAGGGAGGGGUAGGGUCGCAAUUCCUUUGACAUUGAUCCUAGCCCACGAGCCGCACCAAAUGCGAUACGCAAACGAAUCAAAAUAGAUUACAACCUUUAGAGAGCUAGUUUCCCUUAACGUAGGUAAGCAGAUUUUACCUUUUCGUUAGUCCGCUCUCGUGAAAGCUCUUGAAAACCAGACAUCCGUUAAUUAUUUCUCUCACGCUUCAUUAGAAACAAUGAAAUCCAGAACUGAUGCUAUCAAAUGCCGCUCUAGAGAACACAAGAUCUCUUCUGAAGAGAUCCGAUUCGCUGCUUUAAUAGAAUACUGAUUAUUUCUCGUGUGGUGUCAAACAAGUUUGUCGGAAUCCCAAACUCAUGAAACGGCGGUAAAUGUAGCGAUGAUAAAAUGGGGUAGAUGGUUAUUUCCAUCCGUCGUAGCAUGUUGUUUUUCAUGAUACAGCAGGUAGAGCGACACAUUCGGUCACGCUAUGGAAUCGAUUUUAGUACGCUUUGAUAGAGAAAGUAGACAAUAAUGAAUAAAAUUGAAAUGUAAACUGUCAAUCUCUGCGCAAAGAUCACGCGAUCCCACAGAGAUCUGAUUCGCUGCUUUAAAUAGUAUGCUAAUCCAAGUUCAGUUUCUCGGAAUCUCAAACAAAACAAAGCUGUGUUUUUAUCUGCGAUUCGUGAUGGAGUCGCUUCUAAAAAACCUCAAAGAGCAUGUAACAUGUUCGAUUUGUUUCGAUACCUACACUAAACCAAAGACCAUCGCUUGUCUUCAUACGUUCUGUUGUGAAUGCCUGGAGAGACAUGCACUAACGAGCCAAAAACAAGGGUUUUAUCCAUGCCCCGAGUGUCAGGCACAAAUUGGCAUCCCCGAAGGAAAUCGCUUUGAUGAUCUGCCAAGCAGUUUUCUGCACAACAGUUUGUUGAGUCUUCUUGCUGUUCGACGUAGUGGCAAAGGAAAGGAGAUCAGCUGUAGUACAUGCCAGAAGAAGAGCGCUGAGAUCAACUACUGCUUUGAUUGCGAGAAGUUUAUGUGCCCAGACUGUGUGAAAGCACACGAAGUGUUUCGAGAAACUAUGUUUGAGGGACACAAAGUCACACCAGUGCAACAGUUUCAAGCCGCAGACUACGAGGCCUUGUUGAAAAGGCAGUCAUUUUGCUCAGAGAAUUACCACAAAAAAGAUGUGAUUCGUUUUUUUUGCGUUGACUGUCAAAGGUGUGUAUGUCAAGUUUGCAUCGCCACAGAUCACAAAAGCCACGAUGUUGUUCCGCUUGAAAAGGCAGCUGACGAUGAAAAAGUAAACAUCAUUGCCAGAGCGCAGCUGGUCAAAGGGAAGAAAGAGGCUUGCCGAGGUGUUAUUCGUGAAUUUGAGAAGACGGAACUUGAGUUAGAAACGAACAUUACCACAGCUAAACGCCAAGUCUCUCAAGCAACCGAACAGAUGAUGGGAAAGCUUCGCCAACUGGAGCGCGAAGCCAUUUCUGCCCUCUAG